AUGGGCAUGCCUGGUAUGGUUAUCUCUGGCCUGAAGCUAACACGAUUGUUUGCUUCAAAUCAGAUUCUGCCAAGUGAAUGUCUCAGUUGCCUAGUAGAACUCCUUGAGGAUGCUAAUAUAAACUCAUCUCUAACCUUGUCUGUGCUUACUUUGCUGUCACAGCUAGCUCUAGACAAUGAGACUAGAGAAGCUCUUCAGGAUACCUACAAUCUGACCAGUGUGCUGGCAGGAGUGGUUCAUCGAAGUUCUACUAAUCUUAGCAACCCAGUCUUAUUACAGAGUAUUCAGUUGCUGCAGAGGCUAACCUACAAUGUUCCUGUCUUUUCUGCUGGUGCCAAUAUCGAUGAAUUGAUUUCAUUUCUAAUGCAGCAUGUUCAACCUACUGAAGAUGAGUUAACGAUACCGUGUUUAGGACUCCUGGCAAAUCUCUGUCGUCACAACUUGUCUAUUCAAACCCGGAUAAAAUCUUCGAAUAACGUGAAGAGUUUCUAUCGUACCUUAAUAAGUUUCCUGGCCCAUAGUAGUUUGACUAUGGUUGUGUUUGCACUUUCGCUAUUAUCAAGCCUUACUUUAAAUGAAGAAGUAGGAGAAAAACUCUUUCAUGCUCGAAAUAUCCAUCAGACGUUUCAGUUAAUAUUCAAUAUUGUUGUAAAUGGAGAUGGUACUCUAACAAGAAAAUACUCUGUUGAUCUAUUCAUGGAUCUUCUGAAGAACCCCAAAGUUGCCGAUUAUCUUAGCAGAUAUGAGCACUUUACCUCAUGCCUUGGUCAAGUAUUAGAUCUUCUUCAUGGAAGGGAUCCCAAUUCAUCAUCUAAGAUCUUAGAGCUCCUGCUUGCCUUCUGUUCUGUGAUAGAACUGCGUCAUAUCCUGCGACAGGCAAUACUGGAACCAUCUGGCUUGCCAGUCUCUGGAAAUACCAGAUUUGUGACUCGCUCAAAGACUUUUGAACCAUCUGUUGCAUUGGUGCACUUGUCAAACCAACCAUUGGAAGGCUCUGAAGACUCUUCAGUUCUAGCAUUGCAACUCUUCAAAGAGAUUUUUGAGGAUGUUAUUAAUAGUGGGAACAGUGCCUCAGCCGAGCAUUUUGUGGAUCUUUUGCUGCCUGUUCUUCUCGAUCAUCUUCAGAUGCCAGAACAGAUUGUGGAUGAGCUAUUAGUGAAGAAGUGUGAAAGAAUGGCCAAGGCUAUUAAUGUCCUGACAAUGCUCUGUAGAGAUGACAGACUGAAAAUGCAUGCCUCGAAGGUACUGACUGCGAGCCAAUGCACAUCUCUCUUAGAACACCAAUUUACCUAUAGUGGGAUUGAUACCGGUUUUGGAACAAAAGUAGGGGACUCUAAAAUGUGCAAACUUGCUGCUGAUAUUAUUUUGAAAACACUUGAUCUUAUGAGCAAACUGAAGCAGGAUGUACCUGGUAUGGAGGUCAGCUUCUACAAAAUUUUGCAGGAUCAACGCUUGAUUACACCUUUGACAUUUGCUUUAACAUCAGACCACAGAGAGCAAGUCCAAGUGGGACUUAGAAUACUGUUUGAGGCUGCACCCUUACCAGACUUUCCUGCCAUAGUGCUCGGUGAAAGCAUUGCAGCAAAUAAUGCCUACAGACAACAAGAAACAGAGCAUGCAUCAAAAAGAAUCCAACUGCUGUCACCCAUGACCAACGUUACUUCAGUGAGGUGUUCUUCAUCCUGUCUUUCAAGUGAUGAAUCCACAACUUCAAAUAUUCAGGAAUUAAUACAAAAACUUCAUUCUGGACUAGAGAUGAAGGAGUCGCUCACUGACAUAAGGAUAUCUGACAUAAUGGAUGUCUAUGAGCAGAAGCUGUCGGCAUUAGCAUCUAAAGAAACUAGGCUGCAAGAUCUUUUGGAAGCAAAGGCAGUAGCUCAGGCUCAGGCUGAGAGGCUGAUGACUCAGUACAGAUGUCAAAGAGCCCAGGCUGAGUCAGAGGCAAGAACUCUUGCUGCAAUGUUGAAAGAUGCAGAACGAAAAAAUGAAGAACUCGGUGAUUUGCUGAAAGCUCAGCGGGCCGAAUCUGAAAGAGCACAGACUGAUAUAGAACAGCUUUUCCAACACAACAGGAAAUUACAAACAGUUGCUGAAGAAUAUGAAAUACUGAAAAGAUCCUCUGCUGAUCUUCUUCAGAGGUAUGAAACAACUGAAAGACAGCAUAAAGAUUUACAGAUUACAUGCAAUUCACUAAAUAAACAAAUGGAAGCAAUGAAGAAACUAAAUGAAUCACUCAAGCAGCAGAAUGACAGGAUUGCUGCACAGUUGGUAGAAACCGAAGAUCACAGAAAAGAACUACAGCAACAGCUACAGGAGAGAGAUGGCAAAAUAACAACUUUGCAACAGAAAAUAAAAGUUCUGGAAGAAAAACUGCAAGCACAGCAGAAAGAAAAAAAAGAUAUGGAACAAACUAUAGAUAUUCUUAGAAAGGAAUUAAGUAAAACGGAGCAAGCAAGGAAAGAACUGAGUAUCAAGGCAUCUUCUCUGGAAGUACAAAAAUCCCAGUUGGAAGGACGCUUGGAAGAAAAAGAAGCACUUGUAAAACUGCAGAAGGAAGAACUGAACAAACAUUCCAAUAUGAUUGCAAUGAUUCACAGUCUAAGUGGUGGCAAGUUAAGUGCAGAAACAGUGAACCUCAGUUUAUAG